AUGGUUUUCGUUCAGUCGAUUUUAUACUUGCUGCUGAUCUGGACCGGAAUUGUGCAAGGAGUAAGGCAAGUAGUAAAGCCCAGACCUACGACGACAACGUCGGAAAUACCAAAACCAUGGCGGAGGACCAUCUAUUCAACACAGGUGGAAAUUGUUACACCAACAGUAAUUGCAGGUGUUACAUUAUCUGCUAAACCUCUAGCCACGCCAGAUCCGCUGCAGCCUUGGAUCUCUUUGGACAAAUUCGGGAAUCCAAAAACCAUCAAACCGGAGAUAAAGAAGGGACGCACUGCCAAUGCUCAGCCGGACUAUAGCACCUAUUUCAAAACUGCACACACACAGACUCUGUCGUACGAAGAACUGAAGGCGCAUAAUAUGGAGCCUGACGAAGUGCUCACGGAGGAGUAUUUUGAAGACGAAGACCCUACAUACGUCUCGCUAAACCCGAUCAUCAGAUGCACUCCAAACCGGUACCGCAAUAAAGGCCUCGCCAAGGACGUAUCUAGUGAACCGUUUUGCACACCGUAUGAAAAUGUGGACUGGAAGGUAGACCACACCUACUUCAUAACGUGGUUCACGCGGUUUUUCGAGAAUCCAGAAUCCGACGAGGUGGCUGAGAAGGUCAGGCUGCAUCUCUUCUACGUUCAAGAAAAGUCUCAUGAAAAGGGCUUCAAGAAACGGGAUCUAACUGCUUCUUUCUUCAGUUCAGAAUGGGUGGAGAACGUUGACGGUUUAUAUCCCCUGGAGAUUAUUGAAGAGUGGCUGCAAAGCAAAUAUGAAAAACGCGUACUUUUAGCUAUCCAACCAGACUACGUUUCAGACCAAGAGUUUGAUCCUUGGAGCAAUGGAAUUCUGUUGCGCAUCAUCAUGGGUCCUAGAGUCUUCAAGAACACAAAGCAGCAGUUAGCUCUUCAGGACGCAGGGAUCUCGGACGACACUUGGUACUACGUGGCCCUGACUAUGCCUACUAUUGUUGUGGUAGCUUGUGUGGCCAUGUAUUUCUUCCUUUACCUCAACAAGCAGCAUCGCGACAUCCGUGAUAUUAGACAGUUCGCAGUUAACCAAAGACGCCGUGUGUUGGGUAAGUUCAAAACAUAUCAAAAAUACAAGAAAAUUAACAACCGACCUUACGAUGAACUUCCCACCCACAGCAAGAAGAGCAACAAACAAACGUGA